AUGAACUUUGAUAAUAUUGAUAUAAGUAAUGGAAUUUUACGCAAGUCUCAAGGAAUUAUCGUAGUCGAUUCGAAUGGUAAUGGAGACUCCGUUACUGUACAAGGUGCAAUCGACAUGGUCCCCGAUUUUAAUUUUCAACGAAUCAAAAUUCUUGUUCAUCCCGGACUCUAUAGAGAAAAAGUGUAUAUUCCAUCUUCAAAGCCAUUUAUUUCAUUAAUUGGUAAUGAAAAUCAUCCUGGAAGAACAAUAAUUACUGGUAACUCUAAGGCAUGUGACAAGGAUCAAUAUGGGAAUGAAAUAGGCACUAUUGCUACAGCCACAGUUACUGUAGAAUCAGAUUAUUUCUGUGCAACUGGCAUAACCUUUGAGAAUACUGUGGCUGCAUUGCGUCAGGAACAGGAUAAGCAAGGUGUGGCAUUGAGAUUAGCUGGUGACAAAGCAAUGUUGUACAGAGUUAGGAUUUUGGGAUCACAAGACACACUUUAUGAUGAUAAAGGAUCACAUUAUUUUUUCAAGUGUUACAUUCAAGGAACUGUUGAUUUCAUAUGUGGCAAUGCUAGAUCACUUUUUCAGAGUUGUGAUCUUCAUUCAGUAGCUCAAGAUAAUGUGGGAAUAUCAGGAGCAAUUGCAGCACAUGAAAGAGAAUCACCUGAUGAUGAUAGUGGAUUCUCAUUUGUUAAUUGUAAAGUUACUGGAAGUGGAAGUGUAUUUUUAGGCAGAGCUUGGGGAGAAUAUUCAAGGAUUAUUUACUCAAAAUGCUAUUUUGAUGCCCUUAUUCAUCCACAAGGAUGGUUUGAUUGGGACGUACCAUCUAGAGAAGGGCAUGCAUUUUUUGGAGAAUACAAUUGCAAGGGAAUUGGAGCAAAUAGAGCAAGUCGAGUGCCAUGGUCUAAUAAUUUCACUCAAGACCAAGUCAAACCCUUCUUGAAAAGAGACUUCAUUGGUGGAGAUCAAUGGCUUAGAAUUUAG